UACUUUGGGACUUUUCCAUUUAUUAUUAUCAUUGAAGAUAAGCAUUGCCUCUGUAUUGUUAUAAUCGAUAUUCGAGAGAGGAAUCAAUUGUUUCUGAUUCACCAAGGGACCCCUCCGAAUUCCGCUGUAAAUUCAGUGAGAUUGUGUUAGGGUUUCGAUUUUCGAAGCUUGCUUGAUUGAACAGUGCCCGUUAUCCGUUCAUCGAUGAAAGGGGAAGUACAGCUUCAGCCUCCACAGGUUCUGCAAAACCCUAGUGAUUCCGACCCUUUACUCGAUAACCAGGAGGAAGAUGAGUCACCAGGAGGCUCUAGUGAGAUUAAGGAUGAGGAAGACGUCGAGGCUGGCUUACUUCCUUGUUGUCGAAUUUGCCUCGAAAGUGAUUGCGACCCAGAGCAUGAAUUGAUAUCUCCAUGCAUGUGCAAAGGGACCCAACAGUUUGUCCAUCGUUCAUGUCUUGAUCACUGGCGCUCAGUAAAGGAAGGAUUUGCUUUCUCACACUGCACCACAUGCAAAGCCCAAUUUCAUCUAAGAGUGGAAUUGUUUGAGGACAACUCUUGGCGUAAAAUGAAGUUCAGACUUUUUGUGGCAAGGGAUGUUUUUCUUGUUUUUGUGGCUGUACAAACUGUGAUUGCUGCUAUUGGUGGCUUUGCAUACAUCAUGGACAAAGAUGGGACCUUCAGGAACUCAUUUGACGAUGGUUGGGAUAGGAUACUCUCAAAGCAUCCUAUACCAUUUUAUUAUUGUAUUGGAGUGCUGGCCUUCUUUGUACUGAUUGGAUUUUUUGGUCUCAUACUGCAUUGCUCCUCCCUUAAUUCCAAUGACCCCAGAAUGGCUGGUUGUCAGAACUGUUGUUAUGGAUGGGGCAUCUUGGAUUGCUUUCCUGCAUCAAUGGAGGCGUGCUUUGCCCUUGUGGUUGUUUUCGUUGUCAUCUUUGCAAUUCUUGGUAUAGCUUAUGGUUUUCUUGCAGCCACCAUGGCCAUUCAAAGAAUUUGGCAGAGGCACUACCAUAUCCUCACCAAGAGGGAGCUUACAAAGGAAUACGUAGUAGAGGAUCUUCGUGGCUGUUAUUUCCCACCAAAGUUGGACCCAGAACAUGAAGGUCGCUUGAAAAUGCUUAAGCUUUUGUGAUUCGCGGAGCACAUACCUGUAAAAAUGUGUUUUUGAAUGAUUUAAGUAUCGAGGAGUUGUUUUAUUUGACAGUUACAAUCUCUUAUGCUUAGCAACCUUGUUUGCUAGAGCUUGGAAAUGUUUUAUAUCAUCGUUUUUUUUACCCAAUCUGGAUCCUUACCAGAUUUCUGUAUCCUGCAAAUCUGACUCCUGUAAAAAAAUUAAAAGGAAAAUAUAUGCAGUUAUUUGUCCGU